AUGGAGACUCACAACACCGAGCCACUAGGGGACUUCGCAAAGAUACGUUCUCGCUGCCACAGGUAUCUCCUUGCGGUCGCCACACACCUUUCUCCCAUUGAGAAAUACGUAGUCGCACCUGGAAGUUACAAGAACCUUGGUCUCAUUGCGAUAAACUGUGGUGUGCAAACCGGUUCAGGCCCCUUUUAUCUACGGCAGCAACUGAUCGCCCACACCGCUCUCUCCGACGCAUCAAUAGAACUCUUCUACAGCUCAAAAUUUCCCUUCACUCUUAUUUGUGGUGAUACUUCAUUUGGCGACGGACUAAAACCCCUCAAGACGCGGCUAAUCGAAGUGGCAACCACUAACGGCGGGCCUACAGCCUACGUGUAUGCCAUCCCUGUACCUCAUGAGAUGUUGUGGAAGGGUGGGUUGCUUCCCAGCAGUGGGAUGUCACUCCUGUAUUUGCUUUGUUGUAAGGGUGAUGCCGUGCUUCACACCCUCAGGCGUGUAUUUCAGCCACCCACAAUAGGUGUGGGGAGGGUUUGCGAUGACCCGUUGCAACCUAGUAUAACUGGUUUGCUGAGCAUGGAGGAAGUGGGUAGUGGCACUUCCUUCACCAGUGACACUGCGCACACUAGUUACUUUUACAAAGGCGCUAAGGUUCGUUGUGUUGAAUGCGUGGCGGUUAGUGAAAUACCGGGACUGUAUAUUGUAUCUGAUUUCAUUACACACUCGGAACACAAUGCAAUUUGGAAUGAGUUGAAUGGAGACGCCGCUUCUCAUUUUGAAGUGGAGCACCUUGCACGUCGUGAUGUGGCGCACUUUAAUAGGCGGUUCUAUUAUGGCAUUAACCGUGUGGGCGCGGAGGGUGUGCAAGUAAAUUCUAGGCCAGCAUUUUAUGACUGGAUGGCGCAGCGACUAUGCAACACAGACUCGGAAGUGAAGAUUCAUAAUUACCCAAUGAAGCAGCAUCCAGAGUAUUUUGAUCAGUUGACCGUAAAUUACUACAACUACGAUGAUCCGAAAUCUAAGUUGGUUCCGGGGAUCGCUCGUCACGUGGACAGCCACGAUGCCUUCGGAGAUUACAUAGCAAUUGUUUCUCUAGGCUCACACACGGUGAUUGAGUUUAGCCGCUACAACAGGCCUCCAGAUGUCUUUGCUCCACUUGGGGUACUGGUGAAACCAUGCAGUCUGCUGUUGCUAACUGGCGAGGCACGGUACUGCUGGACGCAUUGCAUCGUAGAAAAAAGGGAAGAUGUGUUAAAUGACCAGUUGCCUCCGCUGCAGCGCGGUAACAGGUUAAGCCUAACGUGGCGCUGCGGACGCGACACUCCUCACGCGCGUGAGUCUUGUCUGUGUCCCAGCUUAUGUGAUGGUACUUAA